AUGGCAUAUGACCGAUAUGUCGCCAUCUGCCAACCACUGCACUAUGAUGCAAUGAUGAACAGCAGAGCUUGUGUCCAAAUGGCAGCCGGUGCCUGGAUAAGUGGAAUUCUCUACUCUAUGCUACACACCGGGAACAUAUUUGCAUUGACCUUCUGUGGAGGCAACCUGGUGGAUCAGUUCUUCUGUGAGAUCCUCCAGCUACUCAAGCUUGCCUGCUCCAACACAUAUCUUAGUGAAGUUCGGGUUCUUGUCUUUAGUGCGUGUUUAGUCUUAGGCUGCUUUAUUUUUAUCAUUGUGUCGUAUAUUCAGAUCUUCAAAGCAGUGCUCAGAAUCCCCUCUGAACAGGGCCGGCAUAAAGCCUUCUCCACCUGCCUUCCUCACCUCAUUGUGGUCUCCUUGUUUGUUUGCACUGGAGGCUUUGCUUACCUGAAACCUGCCUCCAACUCUCCAUCUCCUCUAGAUCUUAUGGUGACAGUUCUCUAUUCCGUAUUUACACCAAUAAUGAAUCCAAUUAUCUACAGCGUGAGGAACAAAGAGAUCAAAGCUGCCUUGAGGAGACUUAGCGGGUGUAGGUAA